GUAUCAAGUCGUCUGAGGUCGCGUGAGGAGUGAUUGUGAGCGCAAUGUCGGAAAAUUGAGAGUGAAAAUAGCAUCUCCAAUGUAAUUAAUGUUAAAUUGCAGCAAGAAAGCGUAGAAUAUGUAAUGGUAUAAUUGCUGUGCGAGACUCUUAUUGUGAAUCGUCAAGUGAGAAGUAUAGUGUAUGAAAAUUUUCAAUAUAUUUUUUUUAUCACGUUCUUUUGGCGUGCAAGAAGUCAGGAGUAGAUCAUCCCCCUGGAAAAUUUUUGGGUGCAAUUUUGUGUGGCUAAGACAGGGCAGGGAGGAUUUUUCAUUUUAUCGCAACGGAGCAAUUGUGAAUGCGACCUGUCGAGGUGGGAAAGUCAGCGUCAUGUCGUAGCUCAGUCGCGUGGAUGUGAUCGAAUGUGACUCUCGGGAAGUGGAGGGAAAUUACUUUUGAAGUUGUGUACCUCGUUCUGGAGACUGCUUCUUGCAAAAUGCUGCUAUUGAGCGCCCUGGCGCUAGGCCUGGUGGAGUCUACAGGCCAAAAUGUGGCCAGUGGAAUUGGGCGAGGUGGUGUUGCGGACACGAGUGCCAGUGGGGAGGAUAACAUGUGGGACAGCAAUACCACCUUCCGCCUCGAUUCAUCACCUGUCGAAUGGGCUAUUGGGAUGGACUUAACCACGGCAUGUCCAACUAUGCGUAGACCUCACCAUUUGUACUACCAACUGGGCAAUGCACUGAUGGCUGUGGCCUUCCUGGCGCCCGGCGGCCCCUAUGGUCAGCUGUGGCUGCGAAGUGUCCUUGUGAUCGGAUGUGUUCUCAUGGCAAUGUGGGGAUGGCUGGUGGAGUGCACAGUAGAUGCCUUCAUAUGGGCCAUCGUGUUCCUUGUGAUUAAUUUUAUACAUGUGAUUGUGCUCCUCUUCCGUUUGCGACCCGUGAAAUUCGAGAAGGAAAUUGAAUCGGUGUAUGCAGCGCUUUUUCAACCACUUAGAGUUUCGCGUCACCAAUUCAAAAAAGUCCUAAAUUGUAUGAAACUGGUGCGCUCACUCAAAUACCAAGAAGUCUAUGCACAAGAAAAAGUCACCAAAGUGGACAGUUUGUCCUUGGUGCUGUCGGGAAAGCUAGUCGUAUCGCAAAAUCAAAGAGCACUUCACAUAGUGUUUCCACAUCAAUUUCUGGACUCUCCAGAGUGGUUUGGAGUAUCUACAGAUGAUUAUUUUCAAGUUUCAAUAAUGGCCAUGGAGGAAUCUCGAGUUCUAAUCUGGCAUCGAGAUAAGUUAAAAUUGUCGAUAAUGGCUGAGCCAUUUCUACAAGCAGUCUUUGAUCACAUCCUCGGCCGGGAUGUUGUAAAGAAGCUCAUGCAGGUGACUCAGGUGAGCGAAACAAUGGCCGCCAGUAAUGGUUUCAUAUCGUCAGGAUAUGAUGAUGCCGAAGAUAAACCCAUGUUACUUAUGAAGAAGAGUAGCGAUGGACAUGGCAUUACAGCGUUAAUCAAUCGUCAACUUCAAGCUCUGCCUAGGAUAUCUAAAUAUUAUUAUUGCGCUGCUGAUCCAAAUGCUUGGCGCUUGGGAAGAAUUGAGGAGGCUGACCACGAAACGGCUGUUUAGGAUUGUUGGAUGCAAAAACCAAAGAGUGGAUUAUAUUGACAAAAGUUUGCGUUGAUAUUUUGAUAAAGAGAUUGGACAAUAUUUUUAUUCUCUCUCAAUAAGAGCAACGUGCAGCAUGUUAUAAUUUUGAUAUUUGAUACAAAUUUUGUGCAAAAUCAGAAGAAUGAUUGAAAGAGAUAAUCAGUCGUUUUUAUUUUGCUGAAGGCAAAGAGUGAAAAUUUAUAGAAAAAAAAAAAUUAAAUGUGCUAAAUUUGAUGAAAAUGUUGAAUUUGAUGCUUUCUCAAAUUAAAUAGAUUUUUAUUACUAACAGUAAUUAAUUGUAUAUAAUUGGACUGAGUAUUUAGUGUAGAGUGUGUAAUUUCUAAAUGACGCGAAAAAUCAAUUAGUUGGUGCCACAAGAAUUACCAAAAAAAAAACAACAAUUAUGAUAAAACACGUGGAAUUCAGUCAAAAAAAAAUAAUUUUCAAAAAAUAAUGUUAAAUGACAUCCUUCAAGGAUUUGAAAGUAAUAUCGUGCGAAUUGUAUAAAAUAGUCCCUUUUUACUUUGAACAAAAUGAAUUAAAAAAAAAAACAAAUGAUAAUUAUGUAAUUGUACUGAAAGAAUUAAAAAAAAUCGCCUUUUGUAAUAAAUAAAAAGAGAAAUAUUCGAAAAUGC